AUGAAACUCGUCAACGAGAUUGUGUCGAGAACGGGGAAGAACAUAACGAAGCCGCAAAAGGCGCUGACGAGCAUCGUGCGCCGCGUAGUGGCCGCAGUGGACGUGCUUAAAAAGGCCGGGCUGUUCCGAGGCGGCGCGGAGGUGCAACCGAAAAAGUCCGAGCUCAACGCGACGGCGGACAUGGCGGCUUUCCGCGCGAUACAAGCACAGGAGAUAAAGGAGGGCUUCAUCACGGGGUUCGUCCAGAUUGCCGCGUUUCUUGCCGCCGCGUUCGAGGCCUUUUUCUUUGCGUUGUUCAGCUGUAAAGGCGCGACCACAAUGCUCUUUCCCAUGGAUGCACUUGUGUGGGCCGGCGCACUCACAGUGCUGAGCGGGAAACAACUAGCAGACGUUGCAAAUUACAACAUGUUGGAUGGCCUAUACCCGUACGAUAUCAUGCAAAGCGCAGGGUGGAUGGCGAGAUUCAAGACGCAGCUGCCCGACCAGACCGUGACGAAAGUUUUCGGGCAGGGUUCGCCGAUGGUUGUGCUGAUGGGACGCCUGGGUAUCCCGUCGGUGGUUCUCUGGCCGAAUUUCUAUGUCGGGAGAUCGCUGAUUGUGCACAUCGUCAGUACGUCGCUAGUGCCGACCUUAACCUCUUGA